AUGGAUCAAAAAAUCAACCCGACCCCCCCUCAUUAUGAGGAUGUGGUCAAUCCUAAGAAAGAGCCAGAUGAGGGCGCCAAUCCUGAUGCGCCGGAGCGCCGCCAGGCCAUCGGUAUCAACAUCGUUCAGAAUCCUUUGAUGCGCAGCUCCCAGGCGCAAGCUAUCAUCGAUGCACGAGCGUACGCCGAGUCGCACGGUAUGGCCGAGCACGCCGAGCUAUUUGGUCGGGCUGCUGUGGUUGCGCGGAACCCUCAAGACUUUGCAGCUUAUGAUGGACUCAGUGACGAGGAGCGCACUGCGCUUGCAUACGAGAGGGACCAUAAAUGGCAUGGCCCGAAAAUGCUGUGGUACUCAAUCGGUCUGUGUGCUAUCGGAGCCGCCACACAAGGAUGGGAUCAGACUGGAUCCAAUGGUGCCAACUUGUCCUUUCCAAAGGACUUCGGUAUUGACGGUAAAGGGAAGGAUGAGUGGAUCGUGGGAAUUGUUAACUCCAUUAUCUUCUUGACCGCUGGUCUUGUUGGUGCUUGGAUUGUCGAUCCACUGAACCACUAUCUUGGUCGAAAAGGCGAGAUUUUCGUUACUGCUCUCUGUCUCACUGCAACACCAAUUGGCUCUGCCUUUACACGGACAUGGCAAGAGCUCUUCGCGGCACGAUUUAUAAUGGGUAUUGGUAUUGGCGCAAAGAAUGCUACAGUACCCAUCUACUCAGCUGAGAUGGCUCCUGCCAGAAUUCGCGGUGCUCUUGUGAUGUUUUGGCAACUUUGGGUUGUAGCAGGUAUUUUCUUGGGCUUUGCCGCCAAUGUCAUUGUCAAAGACGUCCCAAAGAUCGCUUGGCGCCUCCAACUCGGUUCCGCAUUUAUUCCAUCAUUGGUACUCGCUGCUGGAAUUCUUUUCUGUCCUGAGUCUCCCCGCUGGCUUAUGAAGCAUAACAAACACGCCCAAGCAUUCAAGUCGAUGUUGCGCUUGCGAGCUCAUCCGAUUAUCGCCGCGAGAGACUACUAUUAUUCAUACAUUAUCUAUGAAGAAGAACUCAAGGAGGCUCGAGGCGCAGGUUAUUUCUCCCGUCUGUGGGACUGCUUUGCCGUCCCGAGAAUCAGACGUGCCAACUAUGGUGCCUCGACUGUGAUGAUUGCGCAGCAAAUGUGCGGUAUCAACAUCAUUUCAUUCUACAGCUCAACGAUCUUCCUGGAUGCCAAAUUCUCAGAAGACCAAGCCUUGUAUGCGUCUCUUGGCUACGGUGCUAUCCAGGUCGUGGCCACCAUCCCUACCUUGUUUUUAAUUGACACGAAAGGCCGAAGAACCCUGACUUUAGUUACCUUCCCCUUGAUGUGUAUCUUCCUGCUAGCUGCUGGUCUUUCUCUUUUAAAUAAAACAGAGAGCCAGGCCGCGAAGAUUGGACCAGUUGCCUUGUUUGUCUAUCUGUUUACUAUUGCCUACUCCUUAGGCGAAGGGCCAGUCGCUUUCCAAUACUCGGCUGAGGUAUUCCCCACUAUUCAGCGAGAACAAGGAAUGGCGUGGGCUGUUUGCAUCAACAACACCUUUGCUGGUAUCCUCGGUCUAACUUUCCCUCGAAUGAAGACUGUAAUGACCCAAACUGGUGCUUUUGGAUUCUAUGCCGGUCUUAACCUGAUCGCUUGGUUUAUGAUUUUCUGCUUUGUUAGAGAGACUAAGCAGCUGACUCUGGAAGAACUGGACCAGGUCUUCGCGGUACCAACUAAAAAGUUCAUUCAUUACGAACUGACUGUGUGGCUUCCUUGGUGGAUCAAGCGAUAUAUCUUCAGAAAGAACAUUGCCAAGCCACCACCCGUUAUUGCACUGGGCGAGGGGGUCAAAUAA